UGUGGGUGUGCAUCUAUGUGUGUGUGAUGUUCCAGGUCCUGUUCCACAGCAGCAAUUACACCAUGAGAGAGACAGAUGCAACCUACGACUAACAGCCAGUGAAGCAUUCAGAGCCUCUGACAGGAUGUUAGGCUUCAGGAGCAUUGUGUGGUCUCGUCUGGCUCUGCCUCAGUGGGGCAGAAUGGAGAUCCGAACUGAGUGACGCUUUGGGUCUGGACCCAGCUGGUCUUGGCGACUGGUGUGCUAAAUAAUUGAUCACAGUGCUAGAGAGUAGCAAAAAAAAAUGAGGACAGCAGUGAUGGUUUGGAUAAGCCUUUUGGUGCAAGUGUCCCAUGGUGCACAAGGUCAUUAUGCCCGCAAACUUCUGAAUGACCUGAUGGAGGACUACUCCAAUGCUCUGAGACCUGUGGAGGACACAGACAAGGCCCUGAAUGUCUCCCUUCAGAUCACGCUGUCACAGAUCAAAGACAUGGAUGAAAGGAACCAGGUGCUCACCACCUACCUGUGGAUAAGACAGGUGUGGCACGAUGCCAAUCUGAAAUGGGACAAGGAGGACUACGAUGACCUAGAGAUGAUAAACAUCCCCAGUGAUCUGGUUUGGAAACCGGACAUUGUUCUCUACAACAAAGCAGAUGAGGAGUCCUCAGAGUCAUCCAGCACUAAUGUGAAACUGCGUUAUAACGGAGAAAUUGUGUGGGACUCUCCGGCCAUCACUAAGAGCUCAUGUGUAGUGGACGUCUCCUACUUCCCCUUUGACUGGCAGUCAUGCAAUCUGACCUUUGGCUCCUGGACUUACAAUGGAAACCAGUUGGACAUCAGUUUGGGCAUGGACAGCGGCGACUUGUCUGACUUUGUAGAGAACGUUGAGUGGGAGUGUCAUGGCAUGCCCGCAGUUAGGAAUGUCAUGAUGUACGGAUGCUGCUCGGACCCGUACACUGAAAUCACCUACACCCUGCUCCUGAAGCGCCGCUCCUCCUUCUACAUCUUCAACCUGCUGCUGCCCUGCUUUCUCAUCUCGUUUCUGGCCCCUCUGGGAUUCUACUUGCCCGCCGACUCAGGAGAGAAGGUUUCUCUGGGGGUUACGGUGCUGCUGGCACUGACCGUGUUCCAGCUGCUGGUGGCUGAGAGCAUGCCUCCUGCAGAAAGCAUGCCCUACAUAGGGAAGUACUACAUUGCCACCAUGACUAUGAUCACAGCUUCCACAUCCCUCACCAUCUUCAUCAUGAACAUCCAUUUCUGUGGUGCAGAAGCCAAACCAGUUCCUCACUGGGCGAAGGUGCUAAUCAUUGACUACAUGUCGAAAAUCUUUUUUGUCUAUGAAGUGGGGGAGAACUGCAUGACACCCGAGAGCGAGAGGACCCCACUCUACCCAGAGGAACCUUUGGGUGAUAAGGGAUGUAACUAUGAUAACAGCUUCCAUAAUGACGUCUACAAUCACGACAACAACCAGUACAAGUACAGCAAUGGCCAAGCUGUUCAUCAUCACAACAGGCAUUACAAAAGCCAAGCGAACGGUAGAUAUCACUAUUAUAACAACCACAACAACCAUGCUUCCAUACUGGAGAAAGGCGAAAUGAAACAAGAGCCCACACAACACUACCAACACAUCAGACGGGACAAACUGGACUACCAGGCUCCUCCGCACUCCCAAAACCUUCAGCAUCUGAAUAGCGGGCUUAAGGAGCAAAAACUCUACACCUCAGAAACAAUUCAGCUCCCAGCUUGCCCCUGCUGCUGCCCCUGCCUCCAACAUAAACAGGUGGUGAAAAAUAUCCAGUACAUUGCCAACUGCUUCAGGGAGCAGAGAGCCACCUGUGUGAAGGUAGCAGAAUGGAAGAAAGUUGCCAAGGUGAUGGAUAGAUUUUUCAUGUGGAUCUUCUUCGUCAUGGUCUUUCUCAUGAGCAUCCUCAUCAUUGCCAAGGCGUCUUGACAGAGUCUUUAUUAACAAUAAUUCCUCAGUGUUACUACUUUCAACAACGUCAAAAUCAAAACCGGUAUUGUUGUCAAAAAGACAGUGUGUGCGUGUUUGUGAGUGUGGUUACAAAUAUGAACCUUUCCCUCUGAUCAUGUUGCUGCACACAGAUUUAACCAUUUACUUCACCUAAAACCAUCUCCAGCCCUAUUGGGUAGUUAAAGUCAGAUGUGCUUGGAUGUAUCAUGACGCGCUGGAGCGGUAAGACAAUCCUGGCCUUUGCCUCGAACAUGCAUGGACUUGCAUUAUUGACAAGCUAACAGUCAGACAUCCAACUAUAGGCAUUAUGUUUCUGGCAUUAAGCUACCAGAUGCUGUUUCCUGCUUUGCUUUGUGUAUUUUACAAGCACCAGUUGAAUAAUUUUCAUCAUUAUACCACAAACACUGUAUGAGCUGUGUGCAUGAUCAAUAAAGGUGUAGAGGUCACUGAGGCAGUCUAUUCAGUUUCCAUUGAAAGACUGAACAAAGCAGACGUCUGAAUAUUUAUUGCUUGUUAUGAGUUUUAAGAUUCAGACAAAGUUCUAUCUAGCUUAUAACUCUAUUUUCAAAUGUACCCCAAGUCCACACACAUUUGACUUUUGGAUGAUUUUUUCUAAAUGUUUCAAUUAAAAAUAAAGGUCUGAUAUUGUUCUAUA